AUGCACAAAGACCACAGUAUCCUUUCUGCGGAAUUACAGCAUCCGGAGUUGGAGUGUUCUUGUUUUAUAUCCAUGGAAACAAUCUUAAGAAAUAAUUCAGAAACUUUUAAAUUCUGGGAGAAUCCUCAAAUGCCCCUUCUCCUGCAGUUCUAUUUUUUUAACUUGACUAAUCCUUUGGAAGUGCUUCAAGGAGAAAUCCCUAUUGUCAAGGAAGUUGGCCCCUACAGCUACAGGGAGUGGAAAUGGCGACGGGAUGUGCACAUUCUGGAGAACGGUUCAAAAGUGUCCUCUUUUCAGCCAACCUCUUACUAUUUUGAGCGAGAGCUGUCUGUGGGUGACCCAGAAGUGGAUCAGAUCCGGACAGUAAACUUGCCUGCAGUGGUGGCCAUGAAUAUGGCUCGUAGAACGCCUUUCACUUUUCCUGCAGAGCUGUUGCUGCUGGCUUACCAGGAAAACAUGUUCACCAUCCAUACAAUCGAUGAGAUUUUAUGGGGAUACACGGAUAAGUUCCUCAAGGCGGUACACAAGUUUUUCCCUGAAGUCGAUCCGGUUUUCGGCUAUUUUAAACAGAUGAACGGGACCGAUGAUGGUGAAUAUGUCAUGUUAUCUGGAGAAAAUAGCUACCUGGACUUCACGAGAGUAAUUGAAUGGAAUGGCAAAGACAAGCUAGACUGGUGGACAACACCCAGCUGUAAUAUGAUCAAUGGAACAGAUGGAGAGACUUUCCACCCACUGAUCAGCAAAGAUGACACAAUCUAUAUCUUUUCUACAGAUUUCUGUAGAUCUAUAUAUCUAAACUUUGAGAAAGAGUUAACCGUUUUGGGAAUUCCAACUUACCGGUUUACACCUCCCUUGAAACUCUUUGCCAAUGUCUCGGUUAAUCCAGACAACGCUGGGUUUUGUGUCCCUGCUGGGCACUGUGUGGGGUCUGGAGUCCUGAAUGUCACCGUUUGCAAACAAGGGGCACCAAUAUUCUUAUCGCUCCCACAUUUCUUCCAUGCUGAGGAUAGCUACAUCAAGUCGGUGGACGGCAUGCAUCCAAAUAAAGAGAAUCACAACACGUUUCUUGAUAUUAACCCACUGACAGGAGUUUUGGUGCGGGCGAACAAAAGAAUGCAAAUCAAUGUUUAUGUUGAAACACUCCCCCAAUUUAUUCAAACAGGGAAAAUCAGAAGAAUGCUCUAUCCAGUGAUGUAUGUAAAUGAGAGUUUUACGCUGGAUGAUCCAAAUGCAGGAAAACUCAGGGCUGCUUUGCUUGAAUCCAAUCUGGUCCAAGCUGUCCCGUUCAUCUUGUUGGCACUAGGAAUUAUUUGUGGAGCAGUGGUUCUGGGAGUCACCUAUUGGCCCAGAGGGAAAAAAGAGGAGAGUACCGUUGACGAAAGAGCUCCACUUAUCCGGACUUAGCCCGAUUUCCUUAACCACACACCACGUGUACAAAAAAGAGCUUCACGAUGAUGACUGAACAGGGCAAACGUUUUUAAUUGCCACCACAACCUACCACUUCAACAGCCCCCUUGAAGUAGUCCUCUCUUUAGCAUUUAGUAACCAUCUGCUUCUGAGGAAGAAGGGCAUUUGUAAGCUAAACCUGAACUGAGGGCAGAAUUGCAGGCUUAAUGAGGGGUUAGUCGGACCCCAUUUGCGCCUGCCUUCCCAGCGUGUGAAACUAGCAGUAUUUCACUACACUUGCGUUAUUUGUUGGACUUCUGGAAUUGCGUCUGCACCUGGAUCCCUGUUGGCUUAUAGGAGGUGCCAGGAAAGGUGACGUCAACCUUGAUGACAUCCUUGUUAAUUUAGGAGGUUUGCUAGCACAGCCUUGUCCUGCCGUAAUUUGAUUUCUUGGUGAAUCUUACGGGCCAGAUCUACUCGGGAGUUUCACUUUUCCCCUGGUGUAAAUCUUCGCACUGGAAAAGGACAAAA